UGUACUAUUGGCAUUUACCGGUGCCUGCUCUUUUUAAGGGAGCAACAGGUAUCCAAGCCACUGCAUCCUUGAACACAAACAAACAAGCUUUGAAUAACUUAUCCAAAAACUUAAAAACUCUUUCUACUUUCAUUAUGUAUCUGCAUCCACCCUUGCUCUACUUCCUCCUCCUUGUGCCACCAUGUCUAGCCGCAGGCGGGUCGUGGUCUAUGCUCCUUCCAAGCAUUGGUAUCUCAGCCAUGCACAUGCAACUUCUCCCUAACGAUCGUGUUGUAAUGUUUGAUCGCACUGGCUUUGGCACCUCCCAAAUAUCCCUUCCAAAUGGCAAAUGUCAUCACAACAAAACCGAUUGCUCUGCCCAUUCUGUCGAGUAUGAUGUUGCGUCUAACUCCAUACGUCCACUUAUGGUGCUCACGGAUUUUUGGUGUUCCUCUGGAGCUUUAAUGCCAGAUGGAAAAUUGACACAGACUGGAGGAUGGGGUGAUGGUUUUCGUGUUGUCCGAAAUUACAAAUCUUGUGAUACAUGUGACUGGCAAGAGAUGCAAAAUGGGCUGAAUCAACCAAGAUGGUAUGCAACCAAUCAGAUACUGCCUGACGGCCGCCAAAUUAUCAUUGGCGGCCGUGACACAUUUAACUAUGAGUUCUACCCUAAAAAAUCUCCCACUGAGGGCUCAUAUAGUUUACCCUUCUUGGUUCAAACUAGAGAACCCAACAAUGAAAAUAAUUUAUAUCCAUUUGUUUUUCUCAAUACAGACGGCAAUUUGUUCAUUUUUGCAAAUAAUCGUGCUAUUUUAUUUGACUACUCAAAGAACCGGGUCAUAAGGACAUACCCAACAAUACCAGGUGGUCAACCAAGGAAUUACCCAAGUACUGGCUCUGCAGUACUACUGCCAUUGCGGGUAACAAAUGGGAUGGUAAAUGUGGUAGAAGUAUUGGUGUGUGGAGGUGCACCCAAAGGAUCAUUUAUCAAUGCUUUAAAUGGAAAAUUUGAUAGAGCCUUGGAUACUUGCGGUCGGAUCAGAAUAUCUGACCAAAAUCCCCAAUGGUUCAUGGAAAUCAUGCCUUUUGCGCGAGUGGUGAGUGACAUGUUGCUGCUCCCAAACGGCCAUGUAUUAAACAUCAACGGUGUGUCGGCUGGGACUGCAGGGUGGGAGCUUGGGAGGAAUCCGGUUCUGCAUCCAGUAGUUUAUCGACCCGAUAACCCAGUUGGGUCUAGAUUUCAGGUGCAAAAUCCAGGAACCAAACCUCGAGUAUACCAUUCUGCAGUGGUUUUAUUAAGAGAUGGUCGGGUGCUAGUUGGUGGUAGUAAUCCGCAUGAUAAAUACAUAUUCUCGAAUGUACUUUAUCCAACAGAAUUGAGCUUGGAAGCAUUUUCACCUUCUUAUUUGGAUUCAAGCUCCCUAACACUACGUCCCAACAUAAUCUCACCCAAAACCAGAACAAUGGUGCACUAUGGUCAAAAGAUGGUUAUCAGAUUUACCGUGCCAGGCCCUGUAGAUUUGCAUUCGGUGUCUGUGACAAUGAUAGUACCAUCAUUUAACACGCACUCGUUUUCUAUGAAUCAGAGGUUGUUAGUCCUUGACAACGCCAACUCCACCAAUUUGGUCAGGCAAUCUUACUAUACUGUCGAUGUGACCACCCCUCCCUCUGGUAACAUUGCUCCAGCUGGUUAUUAUCUUCUGUUUGUGGUUCAUAAAGAAAUCCCAAGUCCUGGCAUUUGGAUCCGAAUUCAGUGAUAAAAAAAAACUAUACAGCAUUAUCUGUCUGGUAUUUAUUGCAGUCGUUCAUUGUUACAUACUUUGAUUAUUCCAUCAUUUAUCAUCAAGUGUAGAUAUAUUUCUUCUGUAAUUGUAACUCAAAAUUCAUAAGUGAUAAAAGAUCGUUUCAUGUGUUGUUCAAAA